GCGUUAUUUCGCCAUUCUGCGUGCGCUCACUUCUUUGUGGUAUCAAUUCAACAGACGACUCGUGGACCAUAAGACGUGGAUUCAACUACAUUCUCGGCACAGAAAUGAGAAAAUGACAACACAACGGAACCCUGCCAUCCAUCUGAUUGCUGGAGGAGCUGGUGGAACUGCUGGUGCAAUUCUGACUUGCCCUCUAGAAGUAGUGAAAACGCGGUUACAGUCAUCGGUAUAUACCUUCCCAACGCAAAAUGUCGUCCUGGCCGGCAUUCAGAACGGCCACAGCACCGCCACAGGCAUCGUCCAGCUCAGCACAUGUGCCCAGACCAGCACACAAGCAUUCGUCACAACAGCAAGGCCGUCCAUCGGAAUAGUACAGUGUAUCAGACAUAUUGUGGAGAAUGAAGGUGUGUUGGCUCUGUUCAAAGGCCUGGGGCCCAACUUGGUGGGAGUGGCACCGUCCAGAGCCAUUUAUUUUGGCACCUACGCUCAGGCCAAGAAGUUCUUCAACAGACACCUGAAAUAUGAGUCCAGUGCCGUCCACAUGUGCUCUGCAAUGUGUGCAGGUUUCACAGCCUGCACGCUCACCAACCCCAUCUGGUAUGUCAAGACGAGACUGCAGCUGGACCAGAAGUAUGUCAUCUCUGCCUUGAACCAAACUAGACAGGCACAGAAAACAGGAGAGAACCUGACAGUGCGGGAUUGCGUCCGGAAAACCUACGGCAGGGAAGGACUGCGUGGAUUUUACCGUGGAGUUACCGCGUCGUACGCGGGGAUCUCAGAGACUGUGAUUCACUUUGUGAUCUAUGAGCACAUAAAGCAGAUGAUAGCUCGGAACAGAUGUUGUGAUUGUGAAAAGACUUGGCAGGACUUUGUGGAGUUCAUGGGAGUGGCAGCUGUAUCCAAGUCACUGGCCACCUGCAUAGCUUAUCCUCAUGAGGUGGUGAGAACAAGAUUACGGCAGGAAGGCAAGAAGUACCACGGGUUCUUCCAGACGGUAAUGACGGUUGCACGCGAGGAAGGGUACCGCGCCCUGUACCGUGGACUGAAAACACAGCUGGUGCGACAGAUCCCGAACACUGCGACCAUGAUGGCCGUGUACGAGGUGGUGGUGUACCUCCUGGAGGGGUAGCCACAGCCUAGCAAUACACAAACAGACAUUGUGAGGACAUUUGCUGCUGAGGGUGUAGUUCUCGACACAGGAGAGCUAGCUAUGCAACGCUGCAACAAAGGACGCAUGCAUGGAAGACUACACAACCCCCUUCAUACUCAACAUGAACCCUACUGGAGGAAAAAGUUCACAAAGCUCUGGAAAUUAGAAUUGGCGAGGGAGCAAUAGUUAAUGAUAUGGACAGCUCCACAGAUCUCUGCAAUCACACAAGCACUGCAUGUACAGAUGUCGAAAAGCGUUGUCUCUAUGUAAACAGAGAACCUAGUGCCGUAUUCGUCAACUGUAGUGCCUGUAAACUUAGUGGAUGGCAAGUGUUGCCGAUAGAAGAAAUUAGCUGUGCAAUUUGUACUUCUGAGACUUGUUCUGAGUCAUUCCUAACUCAGACGUCAGCAGGGUUAAGCUGAAUGGUAGAUAGGGACCAUUGUGAAGGUGUACAGAGCUAAGCUGUAUGGUAACUCAGAAAGAUGGUGUAUGGUACAUUUGGAAGUAACUGCAGUUGGUGUAAGAGAUUCUCCAGCCGGAGUUUGUACGAGGCAGAGACUGGACUUCCCAGUACUAUUGUGAAUUGCCGGUGAAUGGUACCAUUACAGAGAAAGUGAGACGCGGACCAGGUUAUGGCAAACUUACCUCUGUCAGUAGACAGCCUAGUAUUCGCACUCAGUGGUGCCACAAUACAUAUAUAUCUAUAUAUCUAUAAAUAUGUAUGUUGUAUAGCUAUGGAACACUGCAUACAAACAUAGCCAUUAUUUGAAGUGUGAUAGACAUUGUAAAAGUGCCAAAGACUGACAUGCAGUAAAAGAUUGUCAGGGUAUUAUUCUGAAGUUUGUUCUUACCAAGAGCCUGGCUUAAAGAGACAGGUCGUAUUAUUAACCCUACGACUCCAGGGGAGAGUUUUAAAAAUCCCCAUAUUAGUUUUUUUUCUUCUUUGAACAGUACUUACCCAAACGAGUGGAAACAUUUUGAAACGUUUAACAAAAAGAUUGAACAACUUAUUUUAGUCUGAAAGUAGCAAAAUUUUGAUUGAAAAGUUCUCAAAGUGCUACCCAUAGAGGUACUUGGCAAGAAUUGUUGCUUACUGAAAAAAAGUUUGCAUUUUUUGUAGUUCUUGUAUAUAGUUUGUUGAAUCAUGUAAAAUUGUAAUGAUUGUAUAAUAUUGUGCAUCAAAAUUAUCUUGCUUUUGUUGUUGAUGUCUCGAUAACCAAACUGAAAGAACACCUUUGUGCUACACUGUCUUGGAAUACUUCAAAGAUGGUUCAAUAAGACUCGUGCAUUUCUGAAACAGUGUUUUAAACAGUUACUCAUGGAGACGGCUUCACAAAAGUUGUGAACUCAUUUUGUACAGAGUUAUGUUACACCUUGUUCAUAUUGUACAUUAAAGUAUAUGUGCCAAGUCA